AUGAACAUCCCAAAGAGUGUCACUCAAAUAUCUUAUAACGCACUUUCAGAUACAAAUUUGAAGCGACCUGAUUUAUCAAAUGUUGUUGAAAUAGAAGAUAACAAUAACCUUGACGGUGUCACGGCUCUUACUAUUCCAGUUAAUUUGUAUUUCAACAGUCUCAUCUUUUUUAACAACUUAAACCGCAUUUCGGCAGUCGGGGGAACAGUUAUUAAGUCGCCAGUUGCGUGUUUUAUGAAAGAGAUUCUUGAAGAAAGUGGAUUGUCUAGUCAAGUGUAUUUGUACACUAAAAAAGACUUUGAAUUGACGAACGGGGUUAUUCCCUUGUUUUGUAACCAUAUUGGGAGUGGGGUAUUUUGCAACGUGGAUAUUGUGAAUAUCGAAAUACCAAGUAAUGUGACUCGUAUUGAUUGGGGCAAUUUCUGGAAUUGUCCCAAUGUGGAGAAAAUUGCGAUAUUUUCUGAAAAGGAUAUUUCAAUUAGUAUCGAAAAUUGUCCAAAACUACUUGAAGUGAUCACUAAAACAACUGUAAACUUUGAUGUUUCCAAUUGUAAAGAAUUAACAAAAGUCACUAUGCUAUACAUACCAACAAUAUCUUUGUACAAAACAGUGGCAUUUAAUCAUUGUAGAAAUCUUAAAGAGAUUGUUAUUGAAAACCCCCAAAAGACUUGA